AUGCGGCUCUGGAGUUGGGUGCUGCGUCUGGGGCUGCUGAGCGCCGCGCUGGGCUGCGGGCUGGCCGAGCGCUCCCGCCGGGCCCGGAGAGACCCGCGGGCCGCUCGCCCCCCGCGCGCCACCACCGCCGCCGCCGCCGCCACUAGCCCGGCCACCUGCGCCACCCGGGCGGCCCGCGGUCGCCGCGCCUCGCCGCCGCCUCCGCCGUCGUCGUCGUUGUCGUCGUCGCCGGGCGGUGCCUGGGAAGCCGCGCGCGUCCCCCGGCGGCGGCGGCAGCAGCGCGAAGCGAGGGGCGCCACCGCCGCCGCCGCCGCCGCGGAGCCGAGCCCGCCGAGCCGGGCUCUCUAUUUCAGCGGGCGAGGCGAGCAGCUGCGCCUCCGGGCCGAGCUGGAGCUGCCCCGGGACGCCUUCACGCUGCAAGUGUGGCUGCGCGCGGAGGGCGGACAGCGCUCCCCGGCCGUCAUCGCAGGGCUGUAUGACAAAUGCUCUUAUACCUCGCGUGAUCAAGGAUGGGUCGUGGGCAUUCACACCGUCGGUGAUCAAGGCAACAGAGACCCACGCUACUUUUUCUCCUUGAAGACAGACCGGGCCCGGCAAGUGACUACCAUCAAUGCCCAUCGCAGCUACCUCCCAGGCCAGUGGGUAUUUCUAGCUGCCACCUAUGAUGGACGGCUGAUGAAGCUCUAUGUGAAUGGUGCCCAGGUGGCGAAUUCCGGGGGGCAAGUGGGUGGCAUAUUCAGCCCACUGACCCAGAAGUGUAAAGUGCUCAUGCUGGGGGGCAGCACUCUGAGUCACAACUACCGAGGCUACAUCGAGCACUUCCGUCUCUGGAAGGUGGCCAGGACUCAGCGAGAGAUACUACUGGACAUGGAAAAUCACGGCCUCUACACCCCUCUACCUCAGCUCCUCCUCCAGGAGAACUGGGACAAUGUGCAACGCAUUUGGUCCCCCAUGAAAGAUGGCCACAGCCCCCGAGUGGAACUUAGUAAUGCCCACGGCUUCCUGCUGGACACGAAUCUGGAGCCCCCUCUGUGCGGGCAGACGCUGUGUGACAACAAAGAGGUCAUCGCCAGCUACAACCAGCUCCCCAGAUUCCGCCAGCCGAAGGUGGUGCGCUACCGCGUGGUCAACCUCUACGAUGAUGACCAUGAGAACCCAACCGUGAGCCGCCAGCAGGUGGAUUUCCAGCACCAGCAGCUGGCCGAGGCCUUCCAGCAUUACAACAUCUCCUGGGAGCUGGAGGUGCUGGAGGUGAAUAACUCCUCCCUGCGUCACCGCCUUGUCCUAGCCAACUGUGACAUCAGCAAGAUCGGGGAUGAGAGCUGUGAUCCUGAGUGUAACCACACACUGACCGGCCAUGACGGCGGGGACUGCCGGCACCUGCGCUACCCAGCUUUCAUGAAGAAGCAGCAGAACGGCGUAUGCGACAUGGACUGCAACUACGAACGCUUCAACUUCGAUGGUGGGGAGUGCUGUGACCCCAACAUCACCAAUGUCACCGAGACGUGCUUUGAUCCCGACUCUCCACACAGAGCCUACUUGGAUGUUAAUGAACUGAAGAACAUUCUUCGACUGGAUGGAUCAACACACCUCAAUAUUUUCUUUGCAAAGUCCUCAGAGGAAGAGUUGGCUGGAGUAGCCACUUGGCCGUGGGACAAGGAGGCUCUGAUGCACUUAGGUGGCAUUGUCUUGAACCCAUCUUUCUAUGGCACUCCCGGGCACACCCAUACCAUGAUCCACGAGAUUGGGCACAGCCUGGGCCUCUAUCACAUCUUCCGUGGCAUCUCAGAAAUCCAGUCAUGCAGUGACCCCUGCAUGGAAACGGAGCCCUCUUUCGAGACGGGAGACCUCUGCAAUGACACCAACCCAGCCCCGAAACACAAGUUGUGUGGUGACCCAGGACCAGAGAAUGACACGUGUGGCUUUCAUAGCUUCGUGAACACUCCUUACAACAACUUCAUGAGCUAUGCAGAUGACGACUGUACAGACUCCUUCACGCCCAAUCAAGUCGCCAGAAUGCACUGUUACCUAGAUCUGGUGUACCAGGGUUGGCAGCCCUCCAGGAAGCCGGCGCCUGUUGCUCUUGCCCCCCAGGUUGUGGGCCACACUGCAGACUCGGUGAUGCUGGAGUGGUUCCCACCCAUCGACGGCCACUUUUUUCAAAGAGAAUUGGGAUCAGCAUGCGACCUUUGCCUGGAGGGGAGAAUCCUGGUGCAAUAUGCUCUCAAAGCCUCGUCCCCGAUGCCCUGUGGCCCAUCAGGACACUGGAGCCCUCGGGAAGCAGAAGGUCAUCCAGAUGUUGAACAACCCUGUAAGUCCAGUGUCCGCACCUGGAGCCCAAAUUCAGCAGUCAACCCACACACAGUCCCUCCAGCCUGCCCAGAGCCACAAGGAUGCUACCUCGAGCUGGAAUUCCGCUACCCCUUAGUUCCUGAGUCUCUAACCCUCUGGGUGACCUUUGUCUCCACGGACUGGGAUUCCAGCGGAGCUGUUAAUGACAUUAAACUCUUGACUGUCAGUGGGAAGAAUAUCUCCUUGGGUCCACAGAAUGUGUUCUGUGAUAUUCCACUGACCAUCAGAGUCCGGGAUGUGGGUGAAGAGAUUCGUGGUAUUCAGAUCUACACGCUGGAUGAACACCUAGAGAUUGAUGCAGCGAUGCUGACUUCCACUGCAGACACCCCACUCUGCUUGGGAUGUAAACCUCUGCAGUAUAAGGUGGUCCGAGACCCUCCUCUCCAGGCGGAGGUGGCCUCACUCCUACACCUCAACAGAAGAUUCAUGGACAUGGAUCUGAAACUUGGCAGUGUGUACCAAUACCAGAUUAUCACCGUUUCAGGAACCGAAGAGAGUGAGCCAUCAUCUGCUGCCAUAUACAUCCAUGGAAGUGGAUACUGUGGUGAUGGUAUUAUCCAGAAAGACCAAGGUGAAGAAUGUGAUGACAUGAAUAAGAUGAAUGGUGAUGGCUGUUCCCUUUUCUGCCAAAAAGAGGUUUCCUUCAAUUGCCUUGAUGAGCCCAGCCGGUGCUAUUUCCAUGAUGGAGAUGGGGUAUGUGAAGAGUUUGAACAAAAGACUAGCAUUAAAGACUGCGGUGUCUACACACCCCAUGGGUUCCUGGAUCAAUGGGCAUCCAAUGCUUCAGUUUCCCAUCAAGACCAGCAGUGCCCAGGCUGGGUUGUCAUCGGACAGCCAGCAGCAUCCCAGAUCUGUCGAACCAAGGUGAUCGACCUCAGUGAAGGCAUUUCCCAGCAUGCCUGGUACCCUUGCACCAUCAGUUACCCAUAUUCCCAGGUCUCUCAGACCUCUUUCUGGCUCCAGACAUAUUUCUCUCAGCCAAUGGUUGCUACAGCUGUCAUUGUCCACUUGGUGACUGAUGGGACAUACUAUGGAGACCAAAAGCAAGAGACCAUCAGCGUGCAGUUACUUGAUACCAAAGACCAGAGCCACGAUCUAGGCCUCCAUGUCCUGAGCUGCAGGAACAAUCCCCUGAUUAUCCCUGUGGUCCAUGACCUCAGCCAGCCCUUCUACCACAGCCAGGCGGUACGUGUGAGCUUCAGUUCGCCCCUGGUCGCCAUCUCGGGGGUGGCCCUCCGCUCCUUCGACAACUUUGACCCUGUCACCCUGAGCAGCUGCCAGAGAGGAGAGACCUACAGCCCUGCGGAGCAGAGCUGUGUACACUUUGCUUGUGAGACCAUAGAUUGUCCGGAGCUGGUUGUGAAGAACUCUUCUCUCAAUUGCUCCAGCAGCGAUCGCUAUCAUGGUGCCCAAUGCACUGUGAGCUGCCAGACGGGCUAUGUGCUGCAGAUACAGCGGGAUGAUGAGCUGAUCAAGAGCCAGACGGGACCCAGCGUCACGGUGACCUGCACAGAGGGAAAGUGGAACAAGCAGGUGGCAUGUGAGCCUGUGGACUGUGGCAUGCCGGACCACCAUCAUGUCUACGCCGCCACUUUCUCCUGCCUGGAGGGUACCACUUUCGGCAGCAGAUGCUCCUUCCAGUGCCGCCAUCCUGCACAGUUAAAAGGCAAUAACAGCUUCCUGACCUGUAUGGAAGAUGGACUGUGGUCCUUCCCUGAGGCCCUGUGUGAGCUCAUGUGCCUCGCACCACCUCCGAUCCCCAACGCAGAUCUCCAGACGCCUAGGUGUCAUGAGAACAAACACAAGGUGGGCUCCUUCUGCAAGUACAAGUGUAAACCUGGAUACCACGUGCCCGGCCCCUCCCGGAAGUCAAAGAAACGGGCUUUCAAGACUCAGUGUACCCAAGAUGGCAGCUGGCAGGAGGGAGCUUGUGUUCCAGUUACAUGUGACCCACCUCCGCCCAAAUUCCACGGGCUCUACCAGUGUACUAAUGGCUUCCAGUUCAACAGUGAAUGUAGGAUCAAGUGUGAAGACAGCAGCAGCUCCCAGGGACAAGGAAGCAACAUCAUUCACUGCCGGAAAGAUGGUACCUGGAGUGGCUCCUUCUAUGUCUGCCCGGAGAUGCAAGGCCAGUGCUCGGCUCCAAACCAGCUCAACAGCAACCUCAAGUUGCAGUGCCGUGAUGGCUAUGCCAUAGGGGCAGAGUGUACCACCUCGUGCCUGGACCACAACAGCGAGUCCAUCAUCCUGCCGGUGAACGUAACUGUGCGUGACAUCCCCCACUGGAUGAACCCUACACGCGUGGAGAGAAUUGUCUGCACUGCUGGCCUGAAGUGGUAUCCUCAUCCUGCUGUGAUUCACUGUGUCAAAGGCUGUGAGCCCUUCAUGGGAGACAAUUACUGUGAUGCCAUCAACAACCGAGCCUUCUGCAACUAUGAUGGUGGGGAUUGCUGCACCUCCACGGUGAAGACUAAAAAGGUCACCCCCUUCCCUAUGUCCUGUGACCUACAAGAAGACUGUGCUUGUCGGGACCCUGAGGCCCAAGAACAUAGCAGAAAAGACCUUCGGGGAUACAGUCAUGGCUAAAGCAGGACAAGAAGUGUGAAAGAAUUCCCAGUGCCAGGACCCACAUCCCUUUGGUAUUGUUUUCACAGUCCGCUGCUCAAUGGAAUGGCCUCUCCACACCAGGGAUCCUUAGCAACCCAACCAGUCUGCCUUUAAUUUCACCCAGGAAGGACUCACGGUGGGGCGAAUGAACCAAGUCGCAUCCUGUUGAAUGAUGGAAUGGAAUUCCAUCCCAACGUUCUGAAAUGGAUUGCCAUAGGCAAUGCAAAUCUGCGUGCAGUUCCAGAGCCUCCUCCAAAUGCUAAUCAUUUGUCACAUGACAAAACACCUUCUGUAUCUAGGAGUAUGCACAUCUGUGGUUAGUACACAACGUGCAUGCAUACACACCCAUAUAAACAUCUGUGUGAGAGAAGUUCUGGAGACUGAGGAGAGAGAGGAGAGGGAGAGAGAAAGAGAGAGACUGGGAGAAACUCAAUCUUUCCUUUCCCAAGCUCCAAACCAACACUGUCCUUGGGAGAAAGAGAGUUACAGAAACUGCUAGGACCAAGAUAGCUCACACUCUGAGGCUUAGAAUAAGCAGGGCAUGCACGAUUGUGUGUCUUUGGGGAUUGGAAGUGAAGUGGCCUGUGUUCACCAAAUUUUAGAGAACUAGGGCCCAGGGAGAAGUAAAGAUUCCAAGGUUUGCAAUGCUCCCAGAUUCUUCUGCUGCCAUGGGGUUUUUGCCCCAACACCAGGGUUCAAGGCCAAGCUGGAAAUGGUUAGGACUACAAAUUCAAGGUAUUAUAUCAGACCCCUGCUGGAGACUUGAGGUCAUAAUAUCCCUCCACAUCUCACCAUUCCCCAGAUCUAGCCUUGGGACUACAUUUGCUGCUACUUUUUCUGCUGCUCUAUCAUAUACAUUGGGUAACUCCAAGAUGGUAGAACUAGGUUAGGAGAACUUCCACACAACCAAACAGUCUGCCUUAAAAGUGACCCACAUUUCCCCAUAGUUCCUCAUUUCUUACCCUUUCGGCAAGACUACCACCCUCAUGGGUCCACCUGGUAAAAAGUUAAAUCCCCACCCUGAAUGGGCUUCUCAUCCUGGAAGGGAGUGGAGGAAACUCAGAUGCUGGAGUCCUUCCUGAGAGUCCAGAAUGUCUAAGCCAGUGUUAGAUUUUUGUAAUCAAGUGGAACAGUGUUAAUGUUUCAGCCAUGCAGGGGCUGUUGGAAAUGUCCAAACUCUUGGGUUGUUAUCCCUAUCCUAGUCUUCCUAGCUCUCUAGGCUAGAAUGGGUAGUAAGAUCCUCACUGUUGUUCACAGUAGAUAUAAUUCUAGAACAGAGUAUCAUUUUGGAUAGGAUCAGUGUAGACUUCGUUCCAGAAGGUAGCCCAGAGAUCACAGCCUCAGUAUCCAACAUAGUCUUAUGUUUUCCAUAGAAUGUUUUAUCCACCAGUACUCUUUUCCAUACCUGUGGCCAGAAAACCCUUCCUUCUCCAAAGGUUAAGAAAUAAUCAGUCAAUUGCUUAUGGAAGCCCCCAACUUUUUAGAGCCUCUUUGCCACUUUUCAAUCAAUUACAUGUUCACUCCCUUUGAAUUGAAUAUGGGAAGGGAUUAAUACAGAAUGAGGUGAAGAGAGUGGUUCGAUAUAUUUUCUGAAACCUAGAACUGGGAAGUAAAAAGAUAGGGAUGGUCUAAAUGAAUUAUAUCAUAUAAAUAUGUCCCUAACUCAAGUGAUCUCAAGUCCAGUGAAGACAACCAGCAAAAGUGCAAUCUAGCCGGGUGCCAGUGGCUCAAGCCUGUAACCCUGGCUACUCAAGAG